GGUACAGCCCAAGGCGGAAGCGGCUCCCUGACGGAACCGGCUCCCGGGUGCAGCUAUGGCUGCGGGCGUUCCUUGUGCGCUUAUCACUAGCUGCUCCUCCACUUUCACCGGGGACCGGCUGGUGCAACAUAUCCUUGGAACAGAAGAUCUUGUUGUGGAAGCAACUGCCAAUGAUGCUGUGAGAUUUUAUCCUUGGACCAUUGAUAAUAAGUACUAUUCAGCGGACAUCAAUCUAUGUGUAGUGCCAAACAAGUUUCUAGUCACUGCAGAGAUUGCAGAGUCUGUUCAAGCAUUUGUGGUUUACUUUGACAGCACACAAAAAUCUGGUCUUGAUAGUGUCUCCCCAUGGCUUCCACUGGCAGAAGCAUGGCUACCUGAGGUGAUGGUCUUGGUCUGCGAUAGAGUGUCUGAGAAUGGUAUAAACCGACAAAAAGCUCAAGAAUGGUGUAUAAAACAUGGCUUUGAACUGGUAGAACUUAGUCCAGAAGAGUUGCCUGAGGAGGAUGAUGACUUCCCAGAAUCUACAGGAGUAAAGCGAAUUAUUCAAGCCCUGAAUGCCAAUGUCUGGUCUAAUGUAGUGAUGAAGAAUGAUAGGAACCAAGGCUUUAACCUUCUUAGUUCAUUGACUGGAGCAAAUCAUAGCAUUGGGUCAGCAGACACCUGUCACUCAGAGCAGCCCUGUUUGCCAGCAGCAGAUAGGACUGAAUCCCUCUUGGAUCAUCGGGGUGGUGCAGCUAACACAGCAGAUGCUCAGGUUGAUAGCAUUGUGGAUCCCAUGUUAGAUCUGGAUAUUCAAGAAUUAGCCAGUCUUACUACGGGCGGUGGAGAUUUGGAGAAUUUUGAAAGACUGUUUUCAAAGUUAAAGGAAAUGAAAGACAAGGCUGCGACGCUUCCUCAUGAACAAAGAAAGUUGCAUGCAGAAAAGGUUGCCAAAGCCUUCUGGAUGGCAAUUGGGGGAGACAGAGAUGAAAUUGAAGGCCUUUCGUCUGACGAAGAACACUAAACUAUCUGUGCUAGGGUUUGACUAACAAAACGUUCUCUCUACCCGGUUAUGUUUUGCUGAACUUCCCAUCAUCAUGUUGGCCACCUAACUCAUUUAUAGGAUCCCCUUGGUUUCAGUUUUUAGUAGAGAGUUGAGGAGAAGUUUUCCUCCCUCAGUAUAUUGUAAGGGAGUGAGGAAUAUAAUGACAGUAAGGACUGAGUAUUUUUCAAAUAUACUUUUUUUUUCUAGGAAUGGGAGUGGAAGGAGAAGCUCAGAGGUCUGUGUGAUUUUCCCAAGUUGAGAAGAAAACCACUAAGCCUUUCUUAGUCAGCCUCUUAAGUAGCAUCCCUGUGUUCACACUUGAUUCUGCAAAUGAGGAGCUUGUGCCACCUUCCCUGGGUGUUUUGGAUUUUCUACUUCCAAGGAGCUUGCUGCUCCGAGCUUCGGUGCUCUUGGUGGGAAGAGAGGACGCAGCUGCUGAUGUGAUUUGCACUGUAGUAUAGGGGCCAGUGACAGUGGCCCUCAGGUCAGUCUCUACCUAAAAAACAUUGCUUCUGGGCAUUUCAGUUAAAAUACAGUGUCUGAGCCCAGGCUUGAAAGUAUUGAGAAGCCAGUGUGAAUUUCUAGAGUUUCAUAAAUGAGGCAAAGGUUUUCCUCUCUGGCAGGCAUAGAACAGAACCCUUUAAAAAGUUGUUGGAGGGGAUUGAGGGGUUGUGUGUGUGU